AUGCCACCCUCCAUCCCAGAGGCAGACAGGAGGCACAGAGCCUCGGCAGCAUUUUCUCUGAGUUUCCUCUCUUUAGUCUUCUCCAUCACAGCUUUCAGCAGCAGUUACUGGUGUCAGGGGACCAGGAAAGUGGCCAAACCUUUCUGCAAGGGAGACAGCAAAGGGGACCUGUGCAUCCGCUUCAACAGCGCCGACGGCAACGGCAGCCAGGCUGUGCAGUACAUCUGGGAGACUGGGGAUGACAAGUUCGUGGAGAAGAAGUUCCAUGCUGGUAUCUGGUACUCCUGUGAGGAAAUGAUCAAUGAAGAAGGUGAGAAAUGUAGAAGCUUCAUCAGCCUGACUCCAGCUUCUGAUCGAGGGGUUUUAUGGCUGUCUAUUGUAGCAGAGCUUCUCUACUUGGUUUUGCUCCUGACUGGGAACAUUCUCAUGGCAGUAGAAAUAUGCUACUACAGCUCUGUCAUUGAUGGGCUGAAGAUCAACGCCUUCUCUGCUGUGGUCACCGUGCUAGCAGGUCUUCUGGGCAUGGUUGCUCACAUGAUGUACACAACUGUGUUUCAAAUGACUGUAAAUCUUGGUCCUGAAGACUGGAGACCUCACACUUGGGAUUAUGGCUGGUCCUAUGGCCUUGCAUGGACCUCCUUCGCUUGCUGCAUGGCUGCAGCUGUCACCACUAUUAACAAAUAUACAAAAACCAUCUUGGAAUUCAAGCACAAAAGAAAAAAGCUGGAAAGGAGCUUUAGGAUUCAGUACAAGUUUCCUGAGCACACAGCUCCAGAGAAGGUUUGCAAUGUGUAUGUGAACUCUUUCCAAAACACCACAGAUGACCCUGCACAUGCAUUGAGAAGUCUGCGCCACCUGGCCACUAUUUCAGUCCUGUAA